UUUGUCUCUGUGAAGUUCGAGAGCGAAAGAGAAGCACGAGGAGUAGGGGCUCGCGCUUGAAGAAGAAAAGAAGAAGCGACGAAGAAAAAACGGAGGCUUUCGAGAAGGUCUUUUGCAUGGAGGUUUUGGGUUCUAGGUUUUAUUUGUAAGGGAAACAGAAAGGGAGGGAGAGAGAGGAGGAGAGAAAGGAGAAGCUUUUCUUCUUUCUUGUAAGUGUGCGUGUGUGUGGGUCGGAGAGACAGAGAGAGAGAGACGAGGGUUCUCUUGGGGUUCAUUCUUCUGGGUUUUAGGGAUUUUGGUCUGAUUAGAAAAGAAACAGAGACCGGAAGAGUGAGGAUUUCGAGGGAAUUCGGUGAGGAUCUUUGGAAGAAUAGAGGUUUCGGGAAAAAGGCCAAGAAGGAGGUGGCAGAAACAGAACCGAGUUUCGGUGGUGUACGAGAACGCUUCAGACUUGUGUCUUGAACUUGGCAUUUCUAUUGGCAAUUUCUCCUCAGCUUCCCUGCUUUAUGUUGUUCUUCCAACGUUUGUUGAUCUGGAUAUAUGGUGGUUUGCACUUAUUAUUCUUUUAGAGGAGACGAUUGCUAUGGGAGUGCUUUUUGCUAAAAUCACUGGAGCUGUGCUUUGCACAGAAGUAAUUGCUGGGGCAGUAUGAUAAGACCUCGCUUUCCUGGCCACUUGUCACCUGAAGCACCAUCCUUUGCAUCUACACAUGCAUUCGGCUCUAAUGGUUUACAAGAUUUGUCUUCAGAGUUCCUGACGAGAGAUAGAAAUUCAUUGCGGUAUGGGGCGUAUGGUUCUGAUGAUUUUACAAAUAUUGGGGUUCUUCCUGAACUUCGUCCUGGUGGAGUAUCAGCAGGCACUAGUUUUACACGUUACUCUGCUCCACCCGAGGAUCCCAGUUUCAUUGGUCAGCGACCAGAUAUUGGAUCUCUCACUAGACAAGGCACUACUUCAGGCAUUUCUGAAGCAGCCACUGAAAAACCCAGCUCAACAAGAAAUGUCGAUGACAUCUCAGUUCGUGCAGGAGAAUCUAACAUUCUGUUUGUUGAUGGGCUCCCGACUGACUGUACGAGGAGAGAAGUAGGGCAUCUUUUCCGUCCAUUUAUCGGCUACAAAGAUAUCAGAGUUAUUCACAAGGAGGCUAGACAUAGUGGAGACAAGGCUAGGGUCUUAUGCUUUGUGGAGUUUGUUGAUGCAAACUGCGCUUUGACUGCAAUGGAAGCUCUGCAAGGUUACAAGUUUGAUGAUAAGAAAGCCGAUUCGCGUGUUUUGAAGAUCCAAUUUGUACAUUUUCCUUUCCAGCUUCCACGUGACGAGGAUGAGCAACCGAGCAAGUCUCGAAGUUCAUGAUUCACUUUUUGAGUUUGGUUAGGCAUCAUCAUUACAUGCUUUCCUAUUCUCAGGAUGAGCAAUUUACCAAGACACAAUGGAUUUGAGCUGUGUAAUGAAAUAAUUAGAUGACCCUGUAGAUUUGGAAGAUUGAGUUUCUUCAUUUUUCUAAUGUUUUGAAUUCUAAAUUGAUGUUGUUAAAAUUGAUUAUGCUCUGAAGACAAUUAGUUUGGUGUAUA